AUGGUCCAAUCACACCAUAGUCUCACAUUAAGGUUAUAUUUACUGUGGUUUCUUGUUUGCUUAGUCUUACCUGUCAGUUCAUUGAUUGUUAAUGAUGAAUUCGGAACUUACAUGAAUCCAAAUCCACGUAAAAUUCCACAAUGUCAAGCCAAUGAUUUAGUUAAAUUAUCAUCUUGUUGUAAUGAUUUGUUACACCAGCUUGACCAAUGCAAACCAGACGAUUUGGCAUGUGAAUGUUGCGCAUUACAGCUGAUUAAUCAAGACUGUUAUCAUCUAUGUCCAGGAAAUCCACUGACUAACUUUUUAACUGUACUACUUCUGGAUUGUUCUCAAUUGAGUGACGUUAAUGCUUGCUCAUUGCCAUUCAAGAAAACAGACGAGUCUACUGUUGUUUCUAAAAAGAAAGGAUCCAAAUCUGUCGAUCAAGUUCUUGAGGAAGAUGAAAAAUUUGAUGCUAGUUUAAAGAGCAAAGUGUUUAAUAAAAUUGAUGGGUUGAAAGAACAUGUCCUGCAAGAACAAUUCAUUAAAAAGAAGAUAAAGUUGGUAAUUGAUAAAGAAGUCACUCCUGUUCAAAACUAUUCUAAUAUUUCAAACAUUUCUGUGGUUCAGGAACUUUCAAAGUCAUCAGAUGCAUUGUCUUACUUACAUUCUGUUAAUAGAGUGAUUUUCGCAAUACUAAUUAGCAUAGUUAUUAUUGCAAUGUAUUAG